CCUCAACAACGCCCCAACAACGCCCAUUGUCGUUGAUCCGUCAAGCGCGCUGGCCUGCCUGUUUGAUGGUCUAACCUGACAAUGGGCAUGAUAUCGCCUCUGGCUCGCACUGCCAGAAUUUCUACCGCUACGCCCGACGAUAUACACCGAUAAUGGCUACAGUUCGAUCCCUCGGAUUGCAUGAGCCCUCGGCCAUCGCAUUCCUCGUCGCAGAAGGACUCUUGCCUCCCGAUCCCUCGGAGGAGCUCUAUUCAUGGACAACGAGCGUUGAUCGAGACUCCAACGGCCCGGUCGAAGAUGAGAUUGUUUGGACAAGAAGCUGUGCGGUUUGGUCACGAGCGGGGGUUGUCAAGAGAGUGUUCCGGCUUGAUCUAGAAAAGGAGGAGAUCAGGCAUGCUUUGUUGACGAGGUUUGCGGUGGGAAAGAUCAAGAGGUCCGAGUCAAGUGUCUCGGAAUCCUUGAAAGGCGAGGCAGCGCAGCCAGGCAGUACCUCACGCCGCAGUCGAGGCUCGCCUGAUCAUCUUAGUGCUGGGAUAUCGAAGGGCUCAUUGUUGAUGCUGGGUCAGAAUGGCGAAAGUUCUCGCGAUAAUAGCGGCACAGACGCGAACAAUGCGCGAGCCUUGGUCGUCGUCCUCAAAUCCCAGGCUCACAUCUUCUUUCUUGCCGGGAACAGCCAUGUCGUGCCCCUACCGUUCGAAGUUGAUUCGGUGUUUGCGACCCCCAAGGGCCUUUUGAUUCAGAGAAAACUACACGAGGAGGAAUCCAAUACCUCGCUACCAGCAGCGCCGCCGAAUUCGUUCGUCUCAUCCCUACCUGACUUCCGUGCAUCUCAGUCGCUGGACAUACCUUCUGGCAAAUCCAAACGCCCAUCCUUGACAAUUUCCCCUGCCCCCAAACCUGGCCUGAAGCCACGGACAAGCAAACAUGCCGACAUGCCCAGAGUGUUCUCUCUUAUGGAUCCGCACUCAGAAAUGGGACUCGUUGUGACUAACCAGUCGUCUCGUUGGCUACAAACUAGUGUCUCAACCAGACCUUCUGGAUUGGAUGUUCUUGACCCAGCGGAUGCAAUUGUCUAUGUAUCUCCAAGAGAUGAAUUGUCGAGCUCUAAUCGGGGGCUUUCCACCGGUCCUUUGAUCCUCGUGGUAACCGUCAAUAUUAACACAGGGUUGUACACGAUAUGGACAGCUCACUAUAGACAAGACGAGACUGCGCCCUCAUCGAAGAAGAAGGAGAGGAGAGACACGGGUGGCACUCGUUCGAAGCGACGCAGUUCGCACUUUGGAAUGACGACGGGGACAACCACACCCGCUGGUCGUCCAUCGGGUGCUAGAGAAAGCUUUGGCCCAAGAAGUGAUGGGUGGAACACGUCUGGGUUGUCGCUUUCGCAAUACUCCGUCGAAGGCAAGCCGGAUGAUGACGACCUGGCGUCCAAGCUGGGUCAAGACUUUGGGGACAUUGGUGUGCCACUCAAGACAUCAAGACGAGUGAGCUCUCUCCUUGCACGCGCGGACCUGGCCGCCAGCCAGGAUAGGAUUACGUUUUCCGAUUUAGCCACAGGCAGUCAAUCGAGCUCCAUGCCACAUGGCAAUUUUCGACAAUCUCUUGGAGCUGGAAGUACUCGAGGUAGCUUUGGCUUCAACCCUAGGGGUUCUAUUCCACCUGGUAAUGGCUCAGCGUAUAGCACUACCGGUAGCUUUGUCGACGCACCAGUCGAUAGACUGCUUGAAGAGCUGAACAACGAGAGUCUUUUCGAAGGAUUUGAGAAUAUGGACUUGAACCAUGCGGCGUCAGGUCUGCCCGAAGAGGUCUUCCUUUCCAAAGUUGAAAGCUUUUCUUCAAAGUUUUCGGUCUCCUUCCAGACACCGGUCAAGUCAAAGCCGUCAGCUCGACAAAUCAGAAUCAUGACUUUGUGUCCGUCAGAGUACGGUAAUGCGCAAUCUGGAAGUACUGCGGCUUUAGCGCUUUACUUGGUGGAUCAAGAAGCAAAGUCAAUGACGGUCGUCAGCCUACGAGCAGACAAAGCUGCGGUAUCCAAGAAGGACGCGGUAUUCUCGAAGAAGCCAAAGAAAAACCCGCUAUCCGAAGAACGAUCAUUGAUCGUCCAAGCCUCCGGAAUACAGCACUUUGCAGAUGUAUGGGAUGCCUGCAAGAUUGUCGAUGGUGGAAUCUCACGGAUUUUGACCCUGAAGAAGACAGACGGUGGCGAGCAGGUAUUGCAGUUGCAAACUCCGUGGAGCAAAGCAACUCCGAUUCAGGUGCCCCGGAAACUCAUGCUUCACGAAGCAUACGGCAUAAAUUCCAAAACGUCUGGCAACCGUCGAAAGGAAAGUGGUGUGAAACGGCUAAUGACUGACUCGCCGAUCACCGUGACAGGCUUCGAUCAUGCUGCAGCCAGAGGAAAGUUCGAUGUAAUUGACUCCGAGAAUCGGAAGGUGAAACUGCAGGUCCAGAUGGAACCUAGCAAUGAGCUGGUGAAACGUCUGCUCAAUGUCUGUCGGUUUGCCUUAUCGGACGAAAAGGCUGGAGACGGGCUUUUGGCUGCCUGGUGGGAGACUAUGGCAUGGCUUCAAGAAAGGGAGACCAGCGAAAACGAUCUCGAAUGGACAGCCAUGGUAGUAAUAUUGUUUGCAAUGGCGAUCCAAUUCAUUGACAGUGAUCAACCGCGGACCUCCGCCAAACCGACUCGCAGAAAGAAGGGGCUGUUGAGGUCGAGCAGUGGAAGCCACGUCGAUCUCGAGAGCUGGGAGACCAUGUUAGAACAGGAGUCUGGCUCUGGGGGCGUGGUUGCACCGUGGAUGGCCAGUAGCUCGUGGGCCUGGGUAGUUGAGCAAGACGCUGAAGAUAAUGAAGUAAGCCACGGCCACCAGGUGCCCUCGAGCCGGUCCACUUGCCGAACGAACACAUACCUCCUUCGAUGCAUUGCUCUGACAAGGGGCUUUCUGAACACUUCUCGGGGCACACUCUCAGUAGGCUCAGGUGGCUAUUUGCCCACGGCGUUAUCCUUCAACCAGAGCAUACGAGGCACCGCACUAUGCACUAUACUCGUCGCGUUGCAUCUAUUCCGUGAGGAGCAAAAAUUAUCGAUCUGUGAUAGCGAGCAAUCGGGCAAGCCUCUGGGUCUCCUAGCUCCAGUUCUGGCCCAACUUGGCGGGUGGCUUGGCUGGCAGUCUUGGGGAUGGGCCGAAGAUGCGUAUUAUGGCAUGGAGAUGGCUAGUAUGGACCGCUGGCAGUUCGAGGAGACUCGCAUCUCAAUGCUCGAUCUCCCUGCAGAGCCGUUCCCGCCGCCGUCAAUAUUUGCUCACCUGGAAACCGCCUGGCGCCAACCGUCAGAAUCUUUCUUCACGCUCCUGAACCUGGUAACCAGCCCGGACAGACCUCCAAAGAAAGGAAGGCUAUGGAAAGAGUGCUUUACGCUCACCCCAAGGACGCUGGCUCUCGACGGGUUCCUCUCAGAAGUACAUAACCUCGCGGCACCAUUUGACCGGGUCAAGCUUCUUCAUCGUUGGGGUUUCACCAGAAGCAUCAUCGAGAGCUUUCCAGAAGGUGUCAGCGCUCCCUUGUACGAAGCGAUUAUGCAGUCACAAAUGCAUGCAACCACGUCCUGGAGCUCAACGCUGCUCGAGCUUAUUGAUCGCGAAGAUCUGAGCAUUUCCAUGGGCAGGAACAAGCCAUGGCUUCCAUCGGCCACGUCUUCGCUGCAGCCAGCAGUCUCGCACGAUGCCAUACGCGAUGUACAUCAUAUCGGUACCUCUGCAUUGGAUGUGGAUGCAACCAACUCGUUCGAAGCUUCCGCGGAGGCAGACCGGUUCUCAGUAACGAGGCUGAUCUUCCGUGAGGAUAAGCGUUUCAUUGACGCCGCUCGGUUGCUGAAUCAGUCCAAAGCGCCGGUUGCAGAGUGCAUACCCGAGCCGGAAUGGACCGACUCAGACCUGCUAGAGGCCCAGAAAGAGGUAGUACAGCUUGUGACGCUGAGGACGCUCUCCAUUCCCACGGGUCGGGCCAUGUUGACCUUCAGCGGACGACUGCCAUUGCUGACGGAGAAGCUCCCAAUUCCUUCGUUCUCCCUGCAGUGCGUCAUGAAACCGUCGAACGUGACAAUCAGCGCGGACCGAGCUUCCUUCAGCGAGGAGAAAGUGUGUUGGGCAUUCUUCCACAACGGCGUCUCUACCGGCCUUGCUAUAUCGAAGAGUUCGAAAGGCAUUGACACGUCCUGGAUACUUUUCAACAAACCCCAGGAGCUUACUAACAGACAUGCGGGCUUCUUGUUGGCACUGGGCUUGAACGGGCAUCUCAAAUCAUUGGCCAAGUGGGUGGCGUUCAAAUAUCUCACCCCCAAACAUACAAUGACGUCCAUUGGAUUGUUGCUCGGAUUGUCAGCCUCGUAUCUGGGCACCAUGGACACCCUGAUAACUCGACUUCUCUCCGUCCAUGUCACCCGGAUGCUUCCUCUUGGUGCUGCCGAACUGAAUCUGUCGCCGUUGACACAAACAGCGGGCAUUAUGGGCAUCGGCCUUCUGUACUGUGGAUCUCAGCAUCGAAGAAUGAGUGAAGUGAUGCUGUCAGAAAUUGAAAACGUGGAGCAGGAGGAGGGCUCCCACGAGGACCUGCGCGAUGAAGGAUAUCGCUUGGCUGCAGGUCUUGCUCUUGGCUUUAUCAACCUGGCCAAAGGUAAAGACCUCCGAGGAAUGCGCGACAUGCACAUCGUGGAGAGGUUGUUGGCCGUUGCAGUGGGCACAAAGAACGUGGAUCUCGCGCACGUCCUGGACCGGGCCACGGCCGGUGCUACAAUUGCCUUGGCGAUCAUCUUCAUGAAGACCAAUGACGAGAUUCUGGCCCAGAAGAUUGAUAUCCCAGACACCACAGUGCGCUUCGACUAUGUUCGGCCUGAUCUUUUCCUUCUCCGCACUCUUGCCAAACAUCUCAUUAUGUGGGACAGCAUUCGUUCUACGGAUGACUGGUUCAUACAGAGCCUGCCGCCAGUCUACCGCCGUCGGUAUCGCCUCACCGGCGUCCGUCGACUGAAGAGUGACGAUAUGCCAUUCUUCAAUAUUAUCGCUGGCCUGUGCUUCACCCUGGGCCUUCGCUAUGCGGGCUCUGCACAAACUUCCGUGCGUGAUCUGCUUCUCGCAUAUCUGGACCAGUUCAUCCGCAUCUGCAGACUUCCUGCUGUCAACUAUGACGCCAAGUUGGCUCGCAACUCCGUUCGGCACUGCCAGGACGUCGUGGCCCUCUCCGCCGCCGCUGUCAUGGCAGGCACCGGUGAUUUGGCACUGUUCCGUCGGUUGCGGUCUCUCCAUGGCCGCGUAGAUGCUGACACUCCUUACGGCAGCCAUAUGGCGGCGCAUAUGGCCCUGGGCCUACUGUUCCUAGGCGGCGGCAGCUACACCCUCGGCACCUCCGACCUGGCUAUUGCUUCAUUGAUCUGCUCCCUGUACCCGAUCUUCCCUACAACCGUCCUGGACAACAAAUGCCAUCUACAAGCCUUCAGGCAUCUCUGGGUCCUCGCCGCAGAGCCUCGUUGCCUGGUGCCGCGCGACAUCGACACCCGUCGACCCAUCUCCAUUCCUAUCACCCUAACCAACCAAGACGGCAUUAGCCGCAAGAUCACCGCACCCUGUCUUCUCCCCGACUUCAACAGCCUCACCCGAGUCGAGAUCUGCAACGCAGACUACUGGCCCCUGGUCCUGGACUUCUCUAAGGACCCUAGCCUGCGCCAGAAAUUCCACCUGGGCGACCAGUCCAUCUACCUCCGCCGCAAAGCCACCUACAACCCUACCGGCUCCUCGGUCUUCGUCUCCACACUCUCCGGCCUCAGCGAAGCCCAAGACGUCCUCCCCUCCUCCACCUCCGCCUCCAACCACGGCAAGGGUCUUCCUCCAGCCGCGAUGCCCAAUCUCGCCACCCUCCUCACCUCCGGCGUCAAUCGCACCCCUACCUCCCCCACCCAGAGCAUGUGGGAAUGGAUCUUCAAUCUCCCCUCCCUGCAAGGUCUGGACGUCCGCGAAAAGUCCCUCGUCCUUCCUUCUUCCUUCUUCCCCACUACCAAUAGUACCAGUAACAGCAACAUCGCUGCCCUCUCUUACGCCCCCUGGCUGCGCCAAUCCGCCGUGGACAGCAAACUCGUCCUCGAGGCCAUCGUCAAGAAUACCAUUCAGGCGGCGCGUGGCCGCGCUGCUGAUCCGGAUGAAGUCCGCGAUCGCAUCUGGCAGUUACGGUUGUUGUUCAAUUGGAUUGAUGCUUCCUCUUCGUCUUCCUUGUCUUCGGCUGAGGAACGCUUCGCGGAGAGGCAGAGGGAGGAGCAGGAAAGAUCUGAGAAUGGGGGUCUGCUGGGCCAAGUCGGUGCUUCGGAUGGACUUUGGCUAAGAAGGGAUUAUAUUGAGGAGAUGAGGUGGAAGAUUUGGGGUGUGCAGAUUGGGGAUUAUGAAUGAUUGAUUGAGUGUGGGGUUGUUGUUGAUUGAUAUGUUGCUUAUGAUAUGGCUGGGUGGAGUUUUGUUAGGAUCUCUGAGAGGCUGGUGUUCGAUUUUUCUCUUUUUCUGCUUUGCAUGUAUGGAUAUGUGAUUUGUGGCGACGGGAGAGAGAGAGAGAGAGAGAGAGAGUGUGUGUGUGUGUGUGUAUGUGUGUG